AUGACUGAAAAGAGAGAAACAGCUGAUGCUUCAGAUCUUUUGUCUUCAUUGACAAUCAAGGCUGAAAAUAAAACUACUGAAUCAAAAGAAGAACCAAAACCAGAAUCAAAACCAGAAGUUAAAGAAGAAUCAAAAGAUGAGGUUAAACCAGAAGUUAAAGAUGAAGUUAAAUCAGAACCAAAAUCAGAAUCAAAAGAUGAAUCAAAACAAACCAAUGACACACCAGAACAAGAAUCAAACUUAAUCAAAUCAACAUAUGAAGUUAAAGUUAAAUUAGCUGAUCUUCAAGCAGAUCCAAAUUCUCCAUUAUAUUCAAUUAAAUCAUUUGAAGAAUUAGGUUUAUCAAAUGAAUUAUUAAAAGGUCUUUAUGCAAUGAAAUAUCAAAAACCUUCCAAAAUCCAAGAAAAGGCAUUACCAUUAUUAAUUUCAAAUCCUCCAAGAAAUAUGAUUGGUCAAUCUCAAUCAGGUACUGGUAAAACUGCUGCAUUUUCAUUAACAAUGCUUUCAAGAAUUGAUCCUUCAAUAAAUAAUGUCCAAGCUAUAUGUCUUGCCCCAGCAAGAGAAUUAGCAAGACAAACUUUAGAUGUUGUGGAAACAAUGGGGAAAUAUACUGGAAUUACAACACAAUUAAUUGUUCCAAAUGUUGUUGAAAGAAAUGCUAAAAUUAAUGCACAAGUUCUUGUUGGUACCCCAGGUACUUUAUUGGAUUUUAUACGUCGUAAACAAAUUGAUGUUUCUCAAUUAAAAGUAUUUGUCUUGGAUGAAGCUGAUAAUAUGUUGGAUCAACAAGGUUUAGGUGAUCAAUGUGUUCGUGUUAAGAAAUUUUUACCAAAAACUGCACAAUUAGUUAUAUUUAGUGCUACAUUCCCUGAUCAAGUUAAAAAUUAUGCUGAAAAAUUCGUUCCAAAUGCAAAUCAAUUGACUUUAAAACAAGAAGAAUUAAAUGUUGAUGCUAUUAAACAAUUAUAUAUGGAUUGUGAUUCUGAAAAUCAUAAAUUUGAAGUUUUGAAUGAAUUAUAUGGUUUAUUAACAAUUGGUUCUUCAAUCAUUUUUGUUGGUAAAAAAGAUACAGCAAAUAUUUUAUAUAAAAAAUUAAAAAUGGAAGGUCAUCAAGUUUCAAUUUUACAUAGUGAUUUAGAAACUUCAGAACGUGAUAAAUUAAUUGAUGAUUUUAGAUUUGGUCGUUCAAAAGUUUUAAUUACAACAAAUGUCUUAUCAAGAGGUAUUGAUAUUCCAAGUGUUUCUAUGGUUGUUAAUUAUGAUUUACCAGUUGAUAGAAACAAACAACCAGAUCCUUCAACUUAUUUACAUAGAAUUGGUAGAACUGGUAGAUUUGGUAGAGUUGGUGUUGCAAUUAGUUUUGUUCAUGAUAAAAAAUCUUAUCAACAAUUAAUGGCUAUUAGAUCAUAUUUUGGUGAUAUAGAAUUAACAAGAGUUCCAACUGAUGAUUGGGAAGAAGUGGAAAAAAUUGUUAAAAAAGUUUUAAAAUAG